AUGGACGAGAUUGAGCAUCUGGCACAGAGCGAUCCUAAGGAGAAAGCAAAAUUUUCACCUUGGGUUGCGCGGGUCUUUUCUGACCUUGGUUUGAUUGCACGUGUCCGUCAUGAGUUGGAUAUAUAUCAACCGUGGGCUGCUAGUUUCGAUUAUGAAUACGCAUUUCAUCGAGACGCAAUUGAAAAAGACUUUCCCCGUCGGGUUGCUUUACUCUCACAGCUUGAGCGACACUUCAAGGAGCUAUCGGUCGCCAAGGUCGGGUCACCAACAGAAAACCGAUUCUUCUACCCAUCUGACAAACGACGGACCAAACAAACCGCAGAGAGUAUGCGAAAGGCAGAAUACAAUCUAGAUUUGUUCUGGGAGAAAGUAGACGGGCACUAUCGGCGGAAAACUGGAAAGUCGCUUGAUGAGGCUGUACAACAUAUCUUUACGGAAGCACGCCAAUUGGAGCGAACUCCCGAGUGGGUUGAGCCUAUCCAAGAGAUAAAAGCCACGAUCCCAGUUAACAAUAAGAAUGGCUUGCAAGAACCACUCUCUGUACCACGGUUUGAGCCUACGGACUCUCCCUUAAAAUUCGUUUCCCCUCGGCUAAAGAUUAAGUCCAAGAAACGAGGCUCUGCCCAAGACUACCUAAGUACCAUACAGGAUACUCCAUUGCUAGAGAAAGACCCGCAACCCAUCUUCACACUCAAAACUCGGGCCUUCAAAGUCUUCAAGGCCCUGUUCUACAACUCCUCUCAGUCUGACAUACCAGGCGAGAUUUCCUGGGCAGAUUUCCUCUACGCCAUGGCUUCAACGGGGUUUGGGCCGGAGAAGCUGUAUGGGUCGGUUUGGCAGUUUACACCUUCAACGCUCGAUGUAGAACGCAGCAUUCAUUUCCAUGAACCUCAUCCAAUAGGUAAAAUACCAUUGCGGAAUGCGAGGCGGAUUGGAAGGCGCUUAAGUCGAGCGUAUGGAUGGCAUGCGGGUAUGUUCGCAGUCGAGUAG